UGAGAGCAGUUCCCCAGUGCAGGUUCUCAGUCAAAAAAUUUAAAGCUGUUUACAACAAACCUCUACAAAAAAAGCUUUGUUUGCCUGAAGCCAAGAGGAAAGUGCCCAAAUGUAUAUUGAAAUGUUUGAGUGACUAGAGUUCAAUCUCUGCAUACAAAUCAUGGGAAAUGGAGGAACAUCAGUUUACUUGCUGGCAUUUAUAGUCUCCUUGCUUUUGGGAGUGCCUGCGGUGGACUCACAAGGAAUGCCUGAUAUUUCUGACAUGAUUAUAGAGUUUAGUUAUACAGAUGAAUAUCCUGUUCAUUCAAGAGGAAAACGAGAUGCCAACUCACUGCCACUGGAAUACAUUGUGGUGGUGGAAGUCAAUGUGUCACAGUUGAUUUUGAUUGAACAAAUCAAAUCAACGUUGGACUCAAUCAGUCUUCCAUUACAAGUAGACAACACCACAGAAAUUGAUGGCUUGAACCUCACAACAGUGUGCCAGCCAAAUGGAACCCUUUACCAGUGUGUAUGUGAAGAUCAGUAUGCUUGGUCAUAUGAUUACUGUGCCACAUAUAAAGCUUGUGAUCCUGUAACUACUGGAACAUGUGGUUGUAUUGGUGGCAUUCCAACUGAUGGACAGAUGUGUGUCCCAAAAAAUGAACUACCACUUGUUGACUUCAUGGUUGAAAUUGAAAUGAACACUACGAGCACUGCAGUGAUCGAGGAAAUUAGGAGCCUCCUAAGUGGAUUCAGUUUCCCUUUGCCAUUUGAUAAUCUAACAGACGUCACAGCAAUGAACCUCACAACAGUCUGCCUGUCGAACAACACUGGAUACCAGUGCAGGUGUGAGGAACAGUAUUUCUGGCCAUGUUCUCAGUGCACAGCAUAUGGACACUGUGAUGACAUCAUCAAUGCUACGUGUGGAUGCAUCAAUGGCAUGCCCAGUGAUGGACAGUUCUGCCAUCCAGUCACGGAGCUGACAGAGACUGCAUGUGCAACUCCACCUCCACCAACAGUGGCUCCAGUUCUGACCGUGUUUAGGGUUGAGACUGAGAUUGACACAAUGGAUGCAGCGGUUAUUGAUCUACUAAGAGAACUUCUGAAGAAUCUCAGUUUUCCUCUUGUAAACAGUGACAUGACACAAAUUACUGAAGUUAAUAUCACCACAGUGUGUCUUUCGAACAACACUGGAUACCAGUGCCGAUGUGAGGAUCAGUAUUUCUGGCCAUGUAACAAGUGUGUCGCAUAUGGAAAUUGUGAUGUGAUCACUGAUAACACUUGUGGAUGCAUCAGUGGUCUUCCAAAUGAUGGACAGUUCUGCCAGCCAUCCAAUGAGCUCACAAAUAUUACAACAUGUCUGAUUCCAACAACAGUGCCUCCAGUUCCCACUGAGUAUAUGGUGGAGAUUGAGAUUGACACUCUGGAUGCAGCAGUUCUUAAUCAGCUGAGAAUUCUUCAGCAAAAUCUCAGUUUACCUUUUGAAAAAAGUGACUUUCAGAUCACUGAACUCAACAUCACUACAGUGUGCCUUUUGAACAACACUGCAUACCAGUGCCGGUGUGAGAAUCAGUAUUUCUGGCCAUGUGACACAUGCAUACAUUACGGAUACUGUGACAUGAUCAGUGGCAGCACAUGUGGAUGCAUCAAUGAUAUUCCAAAUGAUGGACAGUUCUGCAGACCACUGACAGAGCUCACCAAUACCACAACAUGUCUGAUUCCUACAACAGUGCCUCCAGUUCCCACUGAGUAUAUGGUGGAGAUUGAGAUUGACACUCUGGAUGCAGCAGUUCUUAAUCAGCUGAGAAUUCUUCAGCAAAAUCUCAGUUUACCUUUUGGAAUAAGUGAUUUUCAGAUCACUGAACUCAACAUCACUACAGUGUGCCUUUUGAACAACACUGCAUACCAGUGCCGGUGUGAGAAUCAGUAUUUCUGGCCAUGUGACACAUGCAUACAUUACGGAUACUGUGACAUGAUCAGUGGCAGCACAUGUGGAUGCAUCAAUGAUAUUCCAAAUGAUGGACAGUUCUGCAGACCACUGACAGAGCUCACCAAUACCACAACAUGUCUGAUUCCUACAACAGUGCCUCCAGUUCCCACUGAGUAUAUGGUGGAGAUUGAGAUUGACACUCUGGAUGCAGCAGUUCUUAAUCAGCUGAGAAUUCUUCAGCAAAAUCUCAGUUUACCUUUUGGAAUAAGUGAUUUUCAGAUCACUGAACUCAACAUCACUACAGUGUGCCUUUUGAACAACACUGCAUACCAGUGCCGGUGUGAGAAUCAGUAUUUCUGGCCAUGUGACACAUGCAUACAUUACGGAUACUGUGACAUGAUCAGUGGCAGCACAUGUGGAUGCAUCAAUGAUAUUCCAAAUGAUGGACAGUUCUGCAGACCACUGACAGAGCUCACCAAUACCACACCAUGUCUGAUUCCUACAACAGUGCCUCCAGUUCCCACUGAGUAUAUGGUGGAGAUUGAGAUUGACACUCUGGAUGCAGCAGUUCUUAAUCAGCUGAGAAUUCUUCAGCAAAAUCUCAGUUUACCUUUUGGAAUAAGUGAUUUUCAGAUCACUGAACUCAACAUCACUACAGUGUGUCUUUUGAACAACACUGGAUACCAGUGCCGGUGUGAGGAUCAAUAUUUCUGGCCGUGUAACAAGUGUACAGAAUACGGAACCUGUGAUGUGAUCACUGAUAACACCUGUGGAUGCAUCAGUGGUCUUCCAAAUGAUGGACAGUUCUGCCAGCCAAUCACAGAGCUGAUCAAUAACACAGUAUGUCCAACUCCAACACCAGAUGUGGAUGAAUGUGCUUACAGUCCCUCAGUGUGUGGACUGAAUGCAAACUGUACCAACACUUUUGGAAGCUACAUCUGCACAUGUCUGAAUGGAUAUAAUGUGACCAACUCCAACCAGUCUAUCAGUAUCAGCAACCCAUGCACAGAUAUGGACGAAUGUACUGAGACUCCUGAAGUGUGUGGUCCAAAUGCAAACUGCAGUAAUUCUAAUGGAAGCUACAGCUGCACAUGUCUGAAUGGAUAUAAUGUGACCAACUUAAACCAGUCUAUCAGUAUCAGCAACCCAUGCACAGGUACUUUUAACAAUCAGUAUGCAGUUUAUAUGUUUACAACUGAUGUGGGAAUGGUCGAAUAAUGCACACUCUUCUAUUUAGAAAUAAUCUUUGCACUUA